UGGCCUCCACUUCCGCUUCAGCCACGUUUCAUUUUAAUCCAAACAACCAUUGCAGACAAGCGACAACGAGUAGGCAAUAAGAAAAACAACUAAUGGAGCCGACAAGGACAGACGAAAUCGACGGGCUUUGGAGCUACCUCAACUCCAUUGACUGGUCCGAGUGUUGGCUGUGGUGUUUGGGAGGGUUCCACGUCAUGUGUGCUCUGAUGACCUACCUGACCAGACAAGGGGGGCCCCUUCAGGCUGUGUACUUUGUGGUGCUAUUGAUGUUGGUAUACUUUGCUGAAAAUUUGAAUACAAUAGCUGCUCAAAACUGGAAAAAGUUUUCAAGACAGCAAUAUUUUGACAGUGGUGGACUCUUCAUAUCUGUAGUGUAUUCUGUUCCUCUGCUGGUCAACUGUCUUGUCAUUGUGAUAAUGUGGCUGCUGGCAACCGGGACGAUGAUGGUGAAGAUGAAGAAGAUGAAGCUUAAACACCAGGCCAGGAACAAACAGAAAGAAGAGGAAAAGAAGGAAGAGGAGAAGACAAUAGAGGAGAAGACAAUAGAGGAGAAGAAAGAUGACUAAGUGAAACCUACAGGGUCAAACUUUUCUCCUGACUGCAUCAAACAUUUGACACGACUGAGUCUAAGAUUUGACCUUAUAGAGUGUUUUUUUUUAUGGUGAUAUGUGUGUCUCUUGCUUCAUGGUGCAAUGUGUCAGUGACCAGAUUCUGUGACUUGGUCAGCCGUUAUGCGACUUAGUAAUAUAACUCCGUGACACUAAGGUGGCCCAUGGAUGCUUUCCAAGACAUCCAGACUUCUUGGACUGACCUUGUAACUAUUACUAAGACCUUGUGACUUAGUUACAUGGCCAUGUUACUCAGUGAUUUGAUCCUUUGACAUGGAAAGACAUUGUGAUCUGAGAGUGUGACUGCCUGUCUCUCACAGUCACGUGUGAGUUACCUGCCCAUAUUUACAAUGCUGACAGAUACAAGGACUUCUGAAGGAAGUACCAGAUAAGCUGCAUAUCUGAGUGAAAUACGCAUCAGAAAUGCAGAAAGACGCAGUAAAAUAAAAUCCAAGCGUAUCAAAUACGCAACGAACAUUACAGAUACACUACAAAAAUAAAACUUGUGCG